AUGGCAGAACACAGCGACGCGUGCGAUGUUCCCGACCGCCCUAAAUCCUCCCAUGCUGAUACCUCUACUCACACGUUCACCCUCAGCACCAAAAUAUGCAGCCAUCUACCCCGCGAAAUCCGCAACAAAAUCUACUCGCAUCUUAGUCUAGACAAAGAAACCAAGCACGUCAAACGCAUCGACCACUUCACAAGCCCCCAAUUCUGCUUCCAAUUCUCCCGGGAAUGCCUCUUCGGGUACUACGAAAACGUGCCGCAGAUGCUCUACCACCCCUUCAUCACCGACGACAUUGAGUAUUUCAUGCAGUGCUGCACUGGCGCCAAGAAAAUCCCAGGCCUGACCAUCAUCGUAGAGGGCACGCGCACGGAGUAUGAACUAGGGCUUCUCACCAAAGCAGUCGAUCGGCUCAAAGCCACGGGCUACUUGGAUGACAUCGACCGGGCGUUCAAGGUCCGCGUGUACAUCGACAUGGCGCAAAACCCGUGCUGGCGCAGCGUAAACCCCGAAAUCGAGACAGCCGUGAAAACCAUCCAGCCUAUCCUGCAAUUCUUCAAAGAGCGCACCGAAAGCGUCCGGUGCUUCGCGCGACUAAUGCAUAUCGAUGACAAAGAGGCACGUGAGGAUGGGUUGGACGUCACGGAGCACAUGGAAAAGCCCAUGGAUGAGAUUCUGAACUGCUUGGGUCUCUUUCAGUAUGUGGCUAUUGGGCCGGUAAUCUCGGAAGAGAAGAGGAAGGCAAGACAGGCAGCUGAAAAGAGGAAGAAAUUACUCGAAGCGCGUUGA